CAGUUGCAAACGAACGAUUUAAGCGAAAAGUUCGAAAAGUUCCAGCGCCGUGACGUGACUGAAAUUUGCAAGCGGCCGAGCGAAUCUCUUCACACAGCCUAAAACCCAAAAACUGCGUGUAAAUUGAGCUAAACAAAAACAAAGCGAAACACAAUUGACUAACAAAAAUAAAAGCUAAACGUUUUGGGCGGGCAACGCUGCCACGUUUUCUUGCAACUCAUAAAUAAGUCCAAAGAAAAUAUAUGUAUGUAUAUGUAUUUAUCAAUAUGUAUCUAAAAUACGUGUGUGCAAUUCAAGAAAUAAAAGCAAGUCGUCAAUAAAAUCAAAAGGCAUAAAUCAAUUAAAAACAAGUGCGGAUUUAUUUAAACAAUAAUAAAAGAAAUUCAAUUAAAUUCGAUUCCAUUCAAUUUGAAGACAACGAACUAUUUGUUGAGCUGUUAUUUAUGGCUCUUGGUUCUCUCACAGUUGAAUGACCACAAGGCCAAAGCGGGAGGCUGCCAUGAGGCCAGAAGAACGCUGAAAAGCCGCUUUGCAUAAUGUUCAAUGAUUGUAACUUAUCGGCAGAAUUGUGAGAAAUAAGUGUAAAUCAGUGUAGAGGAAAUGUAAUUGUAAACAAGGGAGAUUCAAAAGAAACGCCAAAAGAAAUAAGAAUAUAUCAAGCAAACCAUCAAAAUCAACUAAAUGCCAAAGCGACGCAGCAACAGCAGCAGCAACAGAACUAAAAUCUGACAACGAGAACACAAGAACACACAACUGACAAACGAACAAGCGAACCGAAAGGACCCCAACCAAUACACUCACCCCUGCUCCUGCUAGUCCUGCUUCUCCUUGAAUGUGCGUGAGUGAGUCAAAGGCAAAGGCAAAGGCAAAGAGACCAAAGACAAAAACCAAUAAAUAGAAACCGAGCAACAACAACCACCUUGGCAACAUUACGUACGACGAGCUGGCAACAUUUACAACACUGGCAACAUGUUGCUGAGGCGCUUAACACACAGCGGCAGCAACAGCAACAGCAACAGCCCAGCCAGAGCGCCCUCGCCCCCAAACCCAAAGCUAAUCGGAUUUACAAGGCGACCUACAACAGCAACAACAACAACAACAUUUGGCACAUGGCUCUGGCCACUGCUCUGCCUGACAGUUGUUGCUCAUGUCAGCGCCCAAAUAGAUCGCACCAUCAGCGAGCAUGAGAACAAGAAUGUGGUGCUGCCCUGUCCGGUGAAUGAGCAGAAAUGCGGGAAGCUGCACUCCCUCAACUGGUUCAAAGGCGACGAUCGCAUUGCGGCGAUGCUGCUGGGCGACAGCAAUGUGACAAGCGUGAAUGAUGAAUUUAAAAAUAGAGUUACUGUUGAGCAAAACCCAUACAGAUUAGUUAUUAAGGACUUGAGAAUAUCUGAUGAGGAUAUAUAUCUAUGUGAUACAACAUUUUUUAUACCAGAAGAAACGUGUGAUAACUUCAAUGGCUAUCGUGUCGAAUUGAGAGUCUUAGUGCCACCCACUGAGGUCGUGAUUUUGGACGCAAAGGGCGACCGCAUCGAGAACGGCAGCAUCGUGGGACCCAUGCAGGAGCGCCAGAGCCUGAAGGCAACCUGUACGGUGAAGAACACACGACCCCAGCCAGAUGUGGGCUGGUGGCGUGGCAGCAAGCGGCUGGCCACAUAUUCGCCUACUCAUGACUUGCACGAUGGCCUCUACACAUCCACACUCGAGCUGGAGUGGGCUCUGUCUCGCGAGGAUCUGGCACAGGACAUUGAAUGCCGCGUCGAGUCGGCGGCUAUUAAAAAUGCAAUUGUUACCAAAUUCGGCGUCGAUCUGCAAGUGCGACCGACGAGCAUCGCCAUCAACGGAGUGGAGCACCACACGGUGCAGGGCAGCAAAGUGGUGCUAACAUGUGACAUACACGGCGCACGGCCCGCAGUCAAUCUAACCUGGUAUAAUUCAACUUCGAUUAUCAGCGCCGAGGAGAACGAACUCACUGAAAUACGCACCAAGGCUUUUGAGAAGGAGGACGGCACCUAUCACACGCAGUCGGAACUGAUCUUUAAUGCUACGCGCUUUGAGAACGAUCGCGUCUUCCGCUGUGAGGCUGAGAAUAUUGUGCUGCAAAUUAAUCGCGAGAAGCCCAUAUCAUCGGAUCUGACCCUGGAAGUUAUGUAUCCACCCGUUGUCAAGGUCAGUCCACCGGAAAUGGUCACAAAUACCAGCGAAAUUGUGCUGCUCAAUUGCGAAUAUGUGGCGAAUCCAGCCUCGCUCACGCAGGUCGUUUGGUAUCGCAACGGCGACAUUGUUAAUGUCAACGAUACGGAUCGCUAUCAGGGCGGCAACUCCGAGAAUGUCGCCCUAGUCAUUAGAUCAACAGACAAGGAGGACAUUGGCAACUACACCUGCCAGCUAUCCAAUUCGAUAGGCAAAGGCGUCUCCGAGCAGCAAAUCGAUCUCGAUGUGCAGUAUGUGCCCAUUGUCGAGGUACAAAUGAUACCCGAGGGACCUGUCAAGGAGAGCGAUGAGUCUAAUGUCACUUUGUUCUGUAAUAUAUUGGAUGCCAAUCCAUCUGUGCUGACCAAAGUGCGUUGGUAUGCCAACUCCACGUUGCUCAAAGAGCUGCCAGAUUGCGAGGAAACUAGAGAGGAUUUAUGUCACAUUGACCCCAGUAAAUUGCUGCUGGAGAGCAUUGGGCGUGGCUUCUUUUACAACUAUUCCUGCGAGGGCUACAAUGCCGCUGGCUGGGGACCACGCAGCGAGGACAAGGAGCUGAUGGUGCACUAUGAGCCGGGGCCAGCUACUUUGACGCACUUUCCACCGAUUGCCAUCAAGAAGAAGAGCGUCAUUUUCUAUUGUGCCGUGGAUGAUCCGGGCUAUCCCGAAUCAAAUAGAUACCGUUGGCUGCGCGGCGGCCGUGGACCGCUGCAGGACAUCGUCACCAAGGAGUGGACCGUCGAGCCCGUCGGCCUCGACAGCCGCACCAACUACUCCUGCUACGCGUACAAUGAGGGCGGCAAGGGCGCCAUGGCCACUGUCAAUUUGGAGGUACACGCGCCGCCAUUUUUCAUCAAGAAUAUGCAGCCGUACACGGGCGUCCUUCACUCCGUGUCCAACUUCAAUCUGACCUGCCGCAUCGAGUGCGUGCCCCGCUGCGAGAUCUCCUGGCAGAAGGAUGGCGUGCCAAUUGACAAGAAUGAUACCCGCUACUUUGUCAAAGAGAAGUAUAUGGAUGCCUCGCCCGCUACGGGCGAUUUCGAGAGCAUGCUUUCCGUUCUGCACUUCAAUAUGUCAAAUUUUCCGAAUAAGAAAUUCGAUAUCGAAUCGGAUAACGCCAAGUACAUGUGCAUCUCGACAUCGAACGCGGUGGGGCCCACAGUGAACAGCACCACCUACUUGAGCAUUGAAUACGCACCGAAUGACAUCAGCGUCUCGGAGAACAUUGUCUAUGUGCAGGAGCAUCAUAUACCGGGACGUGUCAUAUGCAAAUCGCAGGCUAAUCCAGAACCGUCCUACGAGUGGCUCUAUCCGAAUAAGACGGUGACAAUGGGCAACACGCUGAUUAUCAACGAUCCCAUCAAGCGCAAUGAUACGGGCAUCUACAGGUGCAGAGCGCGCAAUAAGCACGGAGAUCGGAUUGCCGAAACUGUUAUCGAUGUUCAAUUUACGCCACGCUGUGAAAUCGAGAGGCGAGAAAUCAAUGAUCAGGAUACGCUAAUUUGCACCGCAUACGGAAAUCCUGAAGAGGCCGAUUUUUCAUGGUCAAUUAAAGCUGAGAAUGAAACAGUCGAGACUUUGGGUGCUGGCGACAAGAAGACCUAUGUGGACAAGAGCUUUUACAUACUGCAGGAGGAUUAUGCCAUUGCCCGGACCUAUCGCUGUGUGGCUAACAAUUCCGUUGGAGCGGGCGCCUUCUGUGAGAUUGAAGUGGCUGCUGGUUCAGCACUUUAUAUUUGGUGGCGAGAACAAUUGGCCUGGUGGCAGAGAUGGGAUAAAACGACGCUCAUUAUACUGGUCGCUGUCAUAUUGCUACUCCUGCUGGCCGUCGCCAUCAUUUGUUGCAUCAUCAUUUGCAUAUGCCGUCGCCGUCGGCGUCAGGAUAAAUAUCACACGGAAGUUUCCAUUAGCGCUAAUCAAAGUGUGCUAUCGUAUCAGCCAGUGCUGCCACAAGUAGGCGUGGCCCUGCCCAUACAAGACACCGAUGCUGCCACAUUGUUGCCCGCAACGUUGCUGUCACCGCAACAACAGCAAUUGCAGCAACAGCAGCAGCAGCAGCAGCAACAGCAGCAACAUCAACAAAAGCUCGCCGCAGCCGAGAACAACAAUGAGCUGGCCACGCCCCCGCCCAUAACGCGAAAUAGCACGUUGCAUGCCACAGUACCGAAAUCGCCGCCGCGCUGGCCAUUGCGGCCAGGUGUCAUGUUGCACGUGAGCAGCGACACCAAAGAGAAUCUAGCCGUGAAUCGCAUGACACUGAAACCGAAUCCGAAUCCGAAUUCGAAUCCUAGCUCGCUGCCAAAUCCCUCUGCGAAUGCGAGUCAAUUGUCGGCCCAGCUGAGUGCCGUGCUGAACGAUAGCCAAACUAACUCAAAUAGCACAAUGCUAACCGAGGUGACGGUGUCGGUGAUGGAGCCACCAGCAACAGCAGCAGCAGCAGCAUCAGCAGCAACAACAUCCAUUGUACAGCCUAGUCAGAUGAAGACUAAUUCCACUGACAUUGCCUUGCCAUCGACAGAUGCAGCUGAGCCGCACCCAGAGCUUACAGCCUGCCUAGACAAUUCCAGCGCAGCAGCCACAUCAUCAGCAGCAUCAGCAGCAGCAGCAGCAGCAGCAGCAGUUGCUGCGCCCAGUCAUAUGCAACGCAUUUGGAAGUUUGUUUUCAGGCGCGCCAAGCGAGGCAGAAAUGCGGACGAUGGCACGCGGGAUAGCCAGCGCAGCCACGUGGGUCUGUUGCACACAUUUUGGCGUGGGCGUGGCAAUCAGGAAUCGCCAUUCGCAGCUCAGCAUCGCCUUAAGGGCAUACGAUCCAGCGGCAGUGUCACCUACAAAAAGACGCCCACAGCAACAGCAACUAAUUCAACAUCAACAUCAACAACACAAACAACAACAACAACAUCUGCAGCUGCAGCAACGACAACCACAACGGCAACGACAACAAACAAUUCCAGCAGUGUCCAAUCACAUGCCUCUGUGACAUUUCAAGCGCCUUCAUUAGACAAGACGUCGCCAACAGACACCACAGCAACAGCAACAGCAACACCAACGACAGCAACAGCAACAGCAACAAUAGCCCACGCUGGGCUUGGUGUGAGCUGCUUGGCGCAACCGCAGCGCCACGGCAUAUUGAAGUCGCCCAGAUCAACGCCACCACCACGCCCACCGCCGCCCAUACUGCCAGUGCGCCCUGGCUCUGGACAACAGCAACAGCAGCAGCAGCAGCAGCAGCUGCUCAGCGGCGGCAAUUGUCCGCCCCUGCUCAAACGAACAGUUGUGGUUUCCCCCAGCAAAGUCGAACGCGUCCAAAUACACGACAAGUCGUCUUCACUGGGGGAUCCAUUGACGGAACCUGGCGAGUAUGAGAAUCUACCGUUUCAUGGUCUGCAAACGGCACCUAACAAGUUCUCUACUACCCCUACAAAUUUUAAUAACAACACAAAUGUGGUGCGCGUCGCUCCACGACCCAAGAGACUAAAUGGAAAUAUUGGUCAAGCGAUGCACAGCCAGCAGCUGCUGCAUCACCAGACUCUACAGCAUCCGCAUCCUCAACAGCAGCAGCCACCCUACUACGACCAGCAGCAACAUCAACAGCAACAGCACCAGCACCAGCAGCAGCAACAGUACAACACUUUGCAGUACGGGCGUGGCUGCACAGCCCCGCCCCCUCUUACAGCUCCACAUAAUCGCAGCAUGGACCAGCUCGAGUCCGGCUCCGAUCAGAUACAAUAUAAUCUAAGCAAUUGCUUUCCCAAAAGCUACACCGAGUACUACCAGCAACAUCAUCAGCAACAGCAGCAAUCACAGCAACAGCAGCAAUCACAGCAGCAGCAGCAACAUCAGCAGCAACCCUCGCAGCAACAGUCGCAAAAGUUUCACACGAACUCCGCAUCGAAUGCCCAACUGCUGAAUGCCAUCGAGCACGACUAUCAGCCCACCUAUGCGGUGGUUGAGCGUGUGCCACCGCCACCGCCGGCGCCUAGCUCAGCGCUGCUCAACACGAACCCCUUCCUCGCCGCCAGCAACUUUAAGAAAUACGAUGCGGCCGGGGACGAGCUGCUGGGCAGCAUGCAGCGCAGCAAGCGCGGCAAGGUGGGCAGCCUGCUGGAUCGCAUCGAUGUGGACAAGAAAUUCUACUCACUGAAGUUUCCCAAUGGCGGCAACAAGCUGAAGAAGCCCGCCUACAAUCUGAACAGCUCGCUGGGCGUGACAGCAACAUCGACAGCGCAACAGCCGAAAUGCAAGCGGCAUCAUUCCUUUGCUGGUGGUAGCCAUGGCGAUAUUGAAUCCAACGGCAAGCCCCUGCGCCUCUAUGAUCCGCCCGUCUACGAGAAUGUGGCGGACAAGUGCGGCAACGAGCUAGACCUGGAUCUAGAUCUCGAUGUGGGCGGUGACGGCAGCAGCAGCAGCAUGCCGGCUGGCCAUCACACACUCAACAUGAAUCACCAUAGUCUUAAGCACAAUCUCAGUCUGGCCACGGUGCAGCUGCACUCGCAGCCGGCUGCUGUCGUCUCGGCGAGCCACAAGAAGAAACAUCACCAUCGCCAGCACCAGCAAAAGGCUGAUGCAUCCGGCGCCGGUGCUGCUGAUUUCCAGCUGAUGGAGCCCGAACGCCUCAGCAUCUAUCGCAGCGAUUCGGGCAUAUCGAAUAGCUCCUAUGAGUCGCAGCUGCCGGCGCUGGGCCAGCGCACGCCCAAGCCGCACAAAGCGUCCGCAGCGGGCCUCAAUCUCACACGCAAGCCGCUCUACAUGAAUGUGGAGGGCCAGCAGCAGCAGCAGCAGCAGCAAUUGGCACGUGCCGGCUCACCAGCCCAUAUUAAUUCGUCCUAUGAAUCGGCCUCGUCGGCGCCCGUCACAGAUCCCACCUCGCUCAGCUCAUCCAAUUCGCUUCAUAGCAGCGGCAUUGGCACCGUCAGCUCACGCUGCAAUCGCCAUCCACAGCAGCAGCAGCAACAGCAGCAACAGCAACAGCAGCAACAGCAGCAGCAUCAUCAGAGACAGCCAACGCCGGAAAUCACAACACCCGAGGAUUACGAGCAAUAUCAGCUGGGCCAUCAGCCAGCACAUUCCGCUUCCAUGCUGUCCGUUGCCAGCAGCCUAAGUGCCGCCAGUCGUGGCAAGUGCAAGCCCCCCAGCACACCAGCAGCAGCAGCAGCAGCAGCAUCAGCGACAGCAGCAGCAACAAUGCAACAGCUGCCACAUCGCGUAGGUCCACAUGAGCAAACGCAAUUGUUGGCCACUAAUCCAUUUUUAGCACUUAAACGGCAAUGCAACAACAACAAUGGCAACAGCAGCAGCAGCAGCAGCAACAACAACAACAAAGCCAACAGCAGCGCCUGCAGUAAGAAAUUACGACGACAGACCAUCAGUGACCCCUACGCACAUAUCAAACGGCAUUAUGCCGAUGUCGAUGCCGCUGCCGCUGCUGCCAGCAACAGCAACAUCAGCAGGAACAACAACAACAGCGCCACUGAAGCCGACAGUCAUUGCACGACAGCAACAUCGCUCACAGCAACAGCAGCAGAGAUCGAACAACAAAUUAACAACAACAACAACAGCAUCAACAAUGGGCCUGGGCCUUGGCAGCGGUGUGGGCGUGGCAAUCAUCAACAACAAAUGCUAAUGCCAAAUGAAUUGCUGCUGCAGGCAAGUCAAUUAACAGCCGCCGACUGCAAUCACAAUUUAAGAUAUGUGCCGCCCCUGCCCACUGCCCCGCCCCCCAUACAGGCAGCGGCCGGCGCCUACGACUGCCUGGUGGUGCGUCGCCCGAUGCGUUUGCCACUGCGCAAACAUCACACCUUCCACUUCCAGACAACAGAGACGGCCAACGGCAAGCUGCAACAGCUGCGUCGCCAGCUGCAGCAGCAGCAGCUGGAGCGGGCGCAGGGGCCCCUCAUCUUUCGUCCAUUGGCGCUGAGCGAACGACAUGCCUUUAAGCCAAUUUCGCCGACACCUUCGACAACAGCAACAACAGCAACGGCAGCAGCAGCAGCAUCGCCAGCACAGCAGCAACAGUUGCAGCGGGAGCAACAGCAGCCAGCAGCAGCGACGGGUCAACUAAAUCCUGCUGCCUCAUUAGAGGCAUUAGAGGUGUUAACUAAAACGCAUCCGGACUUUAUGUUUGCGCGCACCAAGCCACAAAACGAGCAAAUUGCAGCAGCAACAGCAGCAGCAGCAACAACAACAGCAGCAUCAGCAGCUGAUGUUGCUGAAGAGGAAGAUGAGGAUUUGGGCUAUUCUUUUUGUGAAGAGGAGUAUAUGGUGGACGAUGAGGAGCCUGCAGAUGAUAAUGAUAACGAAGAUGAUGAUGAUGAUGAUGAGGAUGAAGCUGCUGCUGCGGCCUCACAGAAUCUUACAGCACCGCCCACAACGCCCGCCCACAGUGCAGCUGUGGCAAAUGCAACAGCCGGCGCCCUGAAAUACUUUAUGACCCAAAGCUAUCGCGAGGUGCACAUUUAAUAAGGGACAAAUACUAACAAAAGAAUGAAAAGAUAAAAAGAUAGAAAAAAAAAACCCAGACAGUUAGACAGGCCUAAAUGACGCAUACAAGGUAUUUAGUAAUUAAAGCAAAAAGUAAAGCUAAAGGAAUAAAACACAUAUUUAUAAUUAGCGUAAAUUCUUGAAAAUCGAAAGUUAGCUUAGAAUUUAGUCAGAAAAAGAAAAGAAAAAUGAAAAAAGGAAAAGAAAGUAAUUGAAAGAGAAUUCAUUGAUUCAGCGAAAGGUUCUCAAUGUGGCUCGCGUUCCGCUUGCCCGAUUCGUCUCACAUUCCAUCAACUUUUGCCAAUGUUUUUACAUAUUUUUAUAGUACUCACACGGAAUAUAGUCUAUAGCUACAAUGUAUCAAGUAAUUGUAACAGAAAAUCUCGAGGCUGGCCCAGCGGCGACAGCUCGAACAGCAACCCGAAUGAAGAAAUCGAAUAGGACAAACAAGUCGCCAGACUUGACUGUUGUUAGUGUAUAUAGUUAGCUUAAAUAUAUAUAAACUUGACUAAACUAAAUAUUUAUGAUUCCGACAAGUGAAUAACAAGAGAGAGAAAUCAUUAUUCAACGAUCAUCAAUCAAGCUAAAUAUUAACAACAACAACAAAACGAGCAGCAAAAAUUCUCCCCGAAGCACAACUAAUUCAUUCUUAAAUAUUCGAAUUAAAUUUAGAGAUAUACCUAAGGCAACUCUUGACUGUAUGUGUGUUAAGUUUGACGUAGUUUUUUGUGUAAAAUAUACAAAAUAUAUGAAUUCAACAAUUUA